AUGCUUCCACGCUUGCCGUCCGUGCGUGAGCUUAUCAAACUCUAUGGUCUAUCCGCUCGAUCGCAACUGGGCCAAAACUUUAUCCUUGACAAGAACAUUACUGAUAAGAUCGUGCGCACUGCUCAUUUGUCACAGCAAACACCCUUGGUAGUUGAAGUGGGACCUGGACCUGGAUUACUUACAAGAUCGAUCUUGGAUACGGGUGUCAAGCGUAUUGCCGCUAUUGAGAAGGAUGAACGAUUCUUACCCACAUUGACGCAAUUGGCCGAAGCAUCCGGAGGACGGCUCCGAAUCAUUCAUGGAAAUGCACUUGAAGUGUCAUCAUCAUUACAUGCUCUUGCACCAUUACUUCCAAAGGAGGAUGCCUCAGGUCCACUGCAUAUCAUGGGGAAUCUUCCAUUCAACGUAGCAUCACCUCUCUUAAUCCAAUGGUUGCACCAAUCGGCCGCACGUGAAGGAUUGUUCAAGCUGGGCGAUGUGUGGAUGACGCUCAUGUUCCAAAAAGAAGUGGGAGAGCGUCUCGCAGCCCCACCAUCUACAGAACAUCGUGGAAGACUCUCUGUGAUGGCUCAAUCGCUUUGUGAUGUUAGCACUGUGUACCAGGUCCCAUCUACCGUGUUUGUACCUCGCCCAAAGGUGGAUGCAUCUGUUGUACAGCUCAAGCCUCUUGAAACAAAGUUGACAGGUGAAACAUACAAGACGCUUGAACACGUCGUACGCCAUUACUUUACCAAGCGCCGGAAAACGGUGGGACACAUCACCAAGCAUUUGGGAAAGAAUUUACCACAAGUGGCACCACUGAUACCCAGGAUCGAGGAGGUUGUUGAUUUCAAAGCAAGACCAGAAGACUUGAGCAACAUGGACUUUUAUCAAAUGGCUUCCAUUUUUCAUGAACACGGCAUCCACUCAUUAUAG